AUGGCCCGGUCGUACAGUAUCAUCCGCUCAAAAGUUGGGACGCGCAGGGUGCUGAAGGAAGAUUGGCCCAGUAUGGUGAUCCAGAUUGAGCAUUUGACGAACGAACUGAAACUCGCUCUCGGCAUACAGGAAAAUCUUCCCACUUUAUUGGAAUCAAAUGAGAUUCCUAGAGCACCUCACGCGGAUAUGAUGCUGUAUAGUGAGGUUAUGUCAGAGAAGAACACGCAGCGGCCUGUUCAUUCAGGACAAGUCGUCGUGAUUUCGUACGACCUGAAGAGUGACUGGUGGAAAAAUAUUACUGUGUGGGCGUGGAACAGGCCUCCCUACGGACGUUGCCUCGACGAGGUAUUCAUUGUCAUCACCCCGUUCCAUAUCAUAUUUGCACGGGUACCUAGGGACACAAAUGAUGCGUGGUUAGCCUAUGAUUAUCGCGCUAUCAUGGGUGUUAUCGACAAGACACUUCAGAGCAACGUUAGCCCUGUAGGGGGAAAGCACUGGUCUUAUAUGUAUCGCUUGAUCCCCGCCUUCACUCUAAACCCAAACGACGCAAAAAAGCCUAGACCGGCAGGUCCCCAGAGACGCUUAAAUUCCUUGCGGGAGCUUAGGCUCAACACUGUUUACGAGUCACGCUUCAAUUCAUACCUCUAUUAUGUCCCACCAGCCGAGUGGCCUGAUCGCAAUCCCAACUUCACAAUUCGUGUGGGCAAUUACGGGAGACCGGGAGACGAGGACCGUCCUCACGUACAGGUUAAUGACAUGUCCGGCGAAUAUAUUAUUACUGGGAAGAAUGAAGAAGGGCCGGAUGUUACUGUCAAUGAUAACGGCAACGCUACUGAGAAUCCUGUUGUCGCGGAGAACCCAGGACAGAACGGCAGAGAGAACCCUGUGGGAGAUGGUGUCGAAAGCACCCCCGGCACCCCCGGCACUACCGAUACUGCUCACAAUGGGGCCUGA